CUGAAGUCGAUUUAACAUACACAUGUUGCCGGUGAAGUGACGAAUGAAGACCAAAGAAAACGUUCAAGAAACUAUGUUCUACCACUACUACUCUCCUCAAGUCGGCUACAGUGAGUCGAUCAUCAUCGGUAGCAAGUGAAGCAGGUCAGUUACAGCUAAAUGCUCGUCUCAAAAACUCUUCCCUUCAUCUUCACGUGACUGAAAUCAAUCACAACAAAAAUGAAUUUAAAAACGGCGAUCACCGUGCUCACGGUUUUCUUCGUUCGGGAAAUCCAAAUCGAGGCAGCGAAAAUUUUAUUAGUUUCUUCCUUUCCCGGCAUGAGCCAUUGGUUGACGUUCGAGCACAUUGUGGAUGAACUGCUCGUGCGAGGUCACGAGAUUACGGCCAUCACAAAUUACCGGCUCAAGAACUCGAACCACAGUGACCGUUACCGAGAAGUAUUGAUUAGCCCUAUGUUUGAUUUCGAAGGGGAUCUGCCAAUGGAAUCGUACUAUCGCUCGACAGAGUUCAGUAGCCCCUUCUACAAGCUGAAAAUACUUUGGUGGCUGGGAUUAGCUACCACGGCGCAUGCAUUUGAAACGGAAAACGUGCAGAUGUUUCUCCGAGAGGAAGGUCUUACUUUUGAUCUGAUUAUUGCCGAACAGUUCGUCCAGGAGGCGUUUCUUAUGUUCGGACACAAAUAUCGCGCUCCGAUUGUCACAAUAAAUACGCUAGGCUACACGGAUUAUAUCGAUCGAUCGUUUGGAAUGAUUACACCGUUGUCGUUCGUGCCGCAUUUCUUCACCCAGCUUACCGACGAAAUGAGCUUUUUGGAGCGAUGCUACAACGUGAUUGUGACGGUAUAUGAUUGGGCAAAUAGGAAAUUUGUUUACCUUCCUGAACAGAAUGCUAUGGCCCGGAAAUACUUUGCAAACAGUGGAUAUUUGGCACAAUCUAUGCCAACGGUAGAGGAGUUAGAUAUGAACGUCAGUGUGACACUGACCAACAGUCAUAUCAUGUCGUUCAGACCGAGACCAAAAAUGAUCGGAAUGGUUGAUAUCGCAGGAGUACAUAUCAAACCGGCCAAGGAUUUACCACUGGAUGUCAAGAAUUUCUUGGACUCGUCAGCAUCCGGAGCCAUUUACAUAAACUUUGGAACAUUCCUGCGAAGCUCGGCCAUGCCGGCCGAAACGUUACGUGUUUUCCUGGAGGUAUUCAAAAACCUGCACCAGUACAAGUUUCUCUGGAAAUGGGAAAGUGAUCAAGUGCCCGUGCUGCCGGAAAAUGUAAUGGUCCGAAAAUGGUUACCUCAAAAUGAUAUACUUGCUCAUUCCGCCAUCAAACUAUUCGUGACCCACGGAGGUAUCUUUGGUUCGCAGGAAUCGAUCUAUUGGGGCCGACCAAUGCUAUUCGCUCCAUUUUACGGUGACCAGCACGCGAAUGCUCUUAAGUUUCAAAAUGCCGGUGUCAGUCUCACUUUGAAGAUUGCCAACAUAUCUGUAGAGGAAUUCCAAGGGAAAAUCAUGCAAAUCGUAGAAAACCCAACUUUCCAGUGGAAUGCAAAUCGUCUGUCGCAAAUGUUUCGGGAUAAUCCGCAAGAUCCGCUUAGAGAGGCUGUGUUUUGGAUAGAGUAUGUAAUGCGUCAUCAUGGAGCAGAAUUCUUGAAAUCAGCAUCCAUCAGAUUACCUUGGUACCAGUAUCUACUAUUAGAUGUUGCAUCAGUGGCAUUUGGAAUUCUCUUCCUGGCAUAUUGGUUGGUAAAGAAGCUUGUACAAGUGGUUUCUGAAAGUAUGUUGGCUUGCUCUAAAAACAAAACGAAACAAAAGAAACAAUGACAGUUGGUUGAUGCUUAGUGAAUUAACUGCGUCACUAGUGUUUAUAACUCAAAUCCGUUCCGUUGAAAAAUCUUUCUCUCAAGCCGGCAGAUUUGGCAGUUUAAAGAAUGUUGAAGAUGUGUCAAGCAAGACAAACGUUGGCCACGAAUUAUCGCGCCCGGGAAUUAGGUUGUAAAAACUGACUUUUUACACAAAAAAAAUCGUCUGGAGAUAACCCUAUAGACUCUAAACAUCAGUGCAUGUGUUAUUUCCGUAAGAAAAUUCAACGAUAAAUAAAGCCUUCGA